GCUGUGCCCGCCGCCAGACGCACACUGCCGGCUCCUGAGACAGAGCAGCGUCCAAGCCGCGCGCCGCGAAAAAACCAGCCACCGAGCCGAAGGACGAGGGAGCUGCGCGGACACCGCCACUGACCGAGGCUCGCAAGCAGAGAAGAGGAGAUAGCGGAGCCAGCCGAAAAAAGCCGAGCGCGCCUGCCGCUGUCCCAGCCCGGGAUGGGCUUCCCAGCAGUGACCGUCGUGCUCAUCGCAGUGCUGCUGGUCAUCGCCGAACCCCGACGGGAUAUCAAAUACAAGUUUCACGAAGAGAACGAGACCCGCAUCGAAGAAAAUGGUGAGCCAUUCGUCAUGUUCCCUCAUCGUAUGACCUUCGCAUUUGGCUACUUUCCUGGAAAGAGAAAUAGCCAACGCUUGUUCCGUCCCCGUAUUUCAGCAUAUGACGUUUGUCACAAGGUGGCGCUACGCCGCUGCGGCCAGAACUUCAUGCGGGCAUUCAAUCUGGUGGAGUACCUGUCCGGCGCCGACUAUUACAACACUCAUUGUACCCUGAGGAAGGCCUUUUUCGCUUGCCUUGACAAGCUGCGCCAGAAGCCGUGUCGGAAGCGCCGUGCCUCUGGUCUCGAUGACAAGCGCUUCCGGAAGAAGCUGGCGGAUGCUCUUUGGGAGACAAGGGUUUGCGUGCUCGGCAUCAAAGACAUCGAGGAGCUGCCGCCAAAGAAGAAAGGCCUGAAAUGACGCGCAUGGCCAGCCCUGUACCCUAUGCGGCGCCUGAUCCGUACACACAACGGACGUCCACCAAGGGCCCGCAUAACGUGGAUAUUGUUGUCGACCGUCGGGACGUCACCGAUCCCCUCCUUGGUGUCGUUCUCCAUCGUAUAGUCUCGAUGCAAGUCUGGAAGGAAGCUCUCACAUUGGGUUGUAACGCCAGGCUACUUUAAGUAUGCGAAUCUUCUCUGUUUGCUGUCUAUAUUCACCGCUCGUACAAUCCGUGCAAGAUAUUUUGACGGCGAGCGUUGUCGAACUGUAUAGCCGUAACACUAGACAGUUAUAGUUUACCGUUAGCGUGAUAGCAGAAAUUAAGGGAAUGACGUUACCGUGCAUUGUACGUUCGUUGUGGACAGCGUAUUGUAGUUUAGCGGGUCGGAAUACCGUUCACGUGAUUUACGUGCUUCAUCUCGGACGGUGGCGCCACCUAUUGGAUGGUUAGUAAGUUAAAAGACAG